CGUUCGUGGUUAUUUGUAUGACGCAAUGAAAUAUCAAGACCGUUGAAAACGCGGGAAGUUGUAAACAAGGGGAGAAAGAAGUGUUGUUUACAUUGUCUUCUUUAUUUGAAGAAAAUGGUGCGCACGAAAGCAGACGCAGGUGGCUCAUCAGGCUCAAGGAAAGCGAUUGGAGGCAAUGCUCCUCGCAAGGCAUUUGGUGGGGCAAGUUCCAGUUCGUCAGAUGCAUCACCUUCAGGUAAAGGAGCAGGGAAGUAUGCAGGUGGUAAUCCAGUGUGUCCACGACCUACGCCAGAUUGGCAGAAGGGCAUCGGCACAUUUCUCUCACCCGGCAAGUCUAAAAAGGACAAGGAGAACUCUGAACCCAACACGGACGGCAUAGAAGUAAUGGAAACAGAUAGCGCAGGUUCCAGCAAAGAUGUAGCUGCAGGAUCCAGUAAAGAUGAUGACAACUAAGGGGAGUGCAUGACUGGACAGUCUGGACCUUUGUGAAUAGUAUAUAUGUGCUGGAAAGAGAGAAAGUGUAUAUAAUUAUUUGGAUUAUAACUUCCUAUUUAAGAGUUGAAAAAAUCAUGAAUUGUAAUGUAUAUGAUGUUUGUGUGGUACAGAUGUUCUCAUAUGAUGUUUCUGAUAUUCAUGAAUCUGGUAUGGUGUAUUUGACAUUUGAGUUUUCUUACAAAUUCCUGUGCUUUGAAUGACACACUGCUAGUAUCAUUUAGAAAUGUUAUAUGAGAAGUAUAUUAUGAGACAAUGGCAGCUGAUGAUUGUAGAUAUUGCGAUUUAAAAUUUUUCAUUUGUCGCUUUUCAUCUAGAUGUCAAACAAACACACCAUAUGGCAUGUUUUUGUGCCAAGAGUUUGAUAUCUAUUUUAUGUGGUCUUUUGCUAAUAAUUAUAAUAUUGCUCAUUUACAUUAAUUAUCAAUUGAUCACUUAGAAAUUAUCUUAGGUUGAAUUGUGUAUACAUGUAUAUGUUUUCGUAAAUGUUACUCACUUGUUUAGUGCUUUACACCAAAUCAAUUCAUGACAGUGAUAUCCAUUCACUAUUUUUGUCAUUAAUUCACAUAAGUCCUUAAAUAUGUAAUAAAUUUGUGUACUCAUUUCACUUGGUCGAAAAAUAAAUUGGUGGCAGAGUUAAAGGGCUAGUGUGAAGAUGAUUGUAUUGAGUUUGUACAUUUUGUGAUUCCCCUGAAAGUAAAUUAAGGGCAAUGCUAGAAGGCCGUGUUACAAAAAUCGUCACCUACCAUAAUUACUCUCAAGUGUUCGGACACUUAAAAAUGAUACUUUUUUUUCGUGUCCGAAAAUUUAUAUACUAAAAAUAUUCAAAUAGUACGAGUGUCCAAAAAUUAAGAGACAUAUAUGUUAUGUUUGUUUUUCUAUUAUUAUAUUGAAAUAAAACCAAUUAAUAACUGUGCAAUAGUUUUAUUGUGUUUAACUCUCCUUUCUCUGCUUUAAAUAAAGUAUAACGUCACUUAUUUGCAAUCUCUUACCCUGAAAUGGUAUAUAAAAACGUUAGAAAAAACAACCAUUCUGCUUUCUUAAUACAUAUACUUUCAAAUGCUGUUGGGUUAAACAAUUGUGUAUUAUUGGAUAACAUGGUAAUCUACCCAAUAAUGCAAUUGUACUGGUCCAUAGCGCUCGGGGCAUUCUAUGCCAGGUUUUAUUGCCUUGUAAAUCUCUAUGAUAGUCCCAGAUAAGCAAAACGGCAAAAAUCUAGUUAUAUAGCGCUGUAAAAUAUACUGUCCCAAAAAUUGGAGUCAUUAAUUAUGGACGAAAACCAGUAUGUCCGAAAAUUUAGAGUCACAAAAAAAAAUUAUUUUGGCUGAAAAAGGGGGUGUCCGAAAACUUAGAGUAAUUACAAGUUAGUUCAGUUUCUUUGACAUUUAUUUCUCAUGUGAUGCAUUGGCUGUUAGUUUCUCUUACGUUUGUAUUUACCUGUGUUUUGUAUGAAAGGUGGAUUUCGAAUUUCACAUAAUGGUAGAAAUAUUUCAGAUUUAAUAUAAACAUGUCAAAUAUGAAAUACCAAAACUCGUUUUUUUCUGAUUUGUCAGGUUAUUCAUGUUUUCAAUGCUUCUUGUAUAGAUUUUUGGAUCUUUGUCAUACUAUGUAACAUUUGUACUUCAAAUGCUAGAUUGUUUAGGGCGUAUUCAGAUUUAUUUGAAGUCAUAGUUUUGAAUUCAAAUAGCAAGUGUGAAAAAAAAACGUUGCAGACAAUUUCCUCUUUAUAGUGAUAGAAAAUAUAUGUGUCUUGUAAUUUUUGUAAUAAGGCCACUAUGUAUUCUGUGUGUAGUACAUGUAUUAUGCAUAUUGAAAUAAAAUUUUAAAAUACUA